AAAAAAAAUAACACGUCCUUGUAGGCCUACAGUAGAUGUGUCAUGGCGGACUCCGGAGGGAGAGUAUACAAACGGGAAGAAACGUUCUCAAGACAUAACAGAGGGACUGGAAACGGCCAGGAGACGAAAGCCGUUAACAGGCACAGCUCGCAGAGCAAGCGGGACGUUACUACGUCGGAAUAUUGCGAAAAACUGCAGGAAUGGAUGUGGCAGUAUUACUGCGGUUACGUGAACUGGCAAAGCUGGAUGAGUGUGUCUGCGUUUUCUCUCCCACCGUGUUCUCCGACACCAGGACUACCGACAUGGAGAGCAGACUUGGCUAACGGCUUCUCAGUUUCGCCCACUCAUGUAUCCACUGUAAGUUCGCGGGCAGGGCUCGCCGCUCCUGACAGCACGCCUGCCCAACAGCCACAACAGAAUGGAAAUGCUCCACAGCCAGGUCAGGAGUAUUCCAUUCCCUCUCCUUUUCAACGUUUCUUGGCUGAGAUGGUGGAUUUCUUCAUUCUUUUCUUCAUAAAAGCAACCAUCAUCCUCAGCAUAAUCCACUUGAGUGGAAUGAAAGAUAUAUCAAAGUUUGCCAUGCACUUCAUUGUGGAAGAAAUAGAUGAAGACACAUCAAUGGAGGAGCUACAGAAAAUGAUGCUUGUGGCUCUGGUGUACCGGAUAUUGGUUUGCUUCUACGAGAUCGUAUGUAUUUGGGGAGCUGGUGGAGCCACUCCUGGGAAAUUCUUGAUUGGCCUGCAAGUGGUUACUUGUGACACUUCAGUCUUGGUGCAACCCAACCGUGUCCGUGUGGUGCCAGCAACUAACGUCAGUCUGUCUGCGUCAACGGUACGGGCCUUGAACAAGAACUUCUCCAUUGCGUUUUUCUUCCCGGCAUUCAUCACGCUGCUCUUUUUCCAGCACAACAGAACUGUGUACGAUAUUGUGGCAGGCACCAUUGUGGUCAAGAGAAACAGGCCGAGAUGAUCUCUCUGUUGUAAUCAAGGCCAAACCUGCACCAUCAUAUGCACAAAUGAACCUUCUGAGAAAAGAAGUCCAGGUGAAUCUGAACUGAACCAAAGUCUUGCUGGGGCUGCAGGAGAGAGGGAAAUUCAGGGACUCCUCUGACCAGUCCAUCGAAAACUCCAAGUAUUUUUCACUCCAGGUACCUACAGAGAGCUCUUGAAAACCUGAAUUGCUGUUAGUUUUGCGAUCUAACUUGCAUCAGCUGGAUUACGUCCUAGUGCCAAAUAACAUUUUCUAAAGAUGGAUCCCUCUCUAUAGUUUUGAGUUAUACAAAGACCUUCCAUCUGUUUCCAUUGUGAAAUUUUAUACUUCAAAAUGUUUGUUUGAGCGUCAAGACUUCAAGCUAGAAUAGGUAAAUUAUAAUAACUUAUUAUUCCAAGUUAUACUUUAAUGUUACUUGCUUGUUUGACUAAACGUUUACCCCAAAUGUUUGUGUUAAAAGAUAGUUAAAGAUUUUGUUUGGUUAAUUAAUUUGCCAAAACUGUAUAGCCUUAACGCGCAGAUUAAUAUGGCUUUUUUUCAGUAAUAUGCUGUUUUGCACACAACAAGCAUCACUGCAUGCCUUCCUUUGGUUACAAUAAAAUCUGACAUUUUUGCCUCUUUUCACUGUAAA